UAAAUAAACCAAGUACUUUUGCCUUUUGAUGACUUUUCGACUAUAAUUAAUGUGCGAGAGCUUUUUGAUAAUUCAUUAAAGUAUACAAGCAGUGGUUGGGUGGCGCUCCCUAGCUGUUUUGGUUCUGAAGCUCCAACGUCGAUAAGAUAGGGUUCGUCUUAGGUGGGGCAGGCACAAUGUGCGCAUACUCUCUCGAUUCUGCCUUUAUGACAUGAAAUGCAUUGCAAGUGGCCGCGGGUGGGCCUAUUCUUGUUUUUUUUUUUCAGCAACAAGACAUAUUCGCGCGAAAGAGAAUUGCGCGCGCUUGUGGACUUGAUUUUCUCGGAAAUCAAUGGACAGGUGCCAGCUGCAAGGCUCAAGGUUUCACGGACAGUCUGCAGAAGCGCUUGGUGACGACUUGAACUGACAACGACCCACCCAAACCUUCUGACUAAUCCGAUACUUUGGUGCGAAUAUUUCGGCACGUUUUCCGAGCAUGAAGAUAAUUUGGAUAAUCGGUGGCCCAGGAUGUGGGAAGGGUACGCAGUGUGAUCGAAUCAUAAAAAAAUAUGGAUUCGUUCAUCUUAGUAGCGGCGACCUCCUCAGAGAUGAGGUGGCAAGUGGAAGCGCGCGUGGCAAAGAACUCCAGAACUUGAUGUCCAAAGGUCUCUUUGUUCCUACGGAUAUAGUACUGGCUUUAAUUAAGGAAAAAAUUGAGAAAACAAAAGUAGAAAAUCCUUCAACUAAAGGAAUUCUCAUUGAUGGAUAUCCUCGCGAGUUGGAACAAGGACUUCAGUUCGAAAAAGACGUUUGUCCUGUUGACUCAAUUAUUUUCUUUGAUGCGUCUAAUAAAACAUUAAUCAGUAGACUGCUGGGUCGUGCUGCUGCUGCUACGAUUAAAAGAGAAGAUGAUAAUGAAGAAACAAUUAAAAAGAGAAUAGAGAUAUUCAAUGAAAAAAAUGGAAAAAUUAUCGAACAUUAUAAAAAUAAAUGCCUACGCAUUAAUGCAGAACUUAAUGUUGAUGAGAUUUUUAAACUAGUCUCAGAAGCUUUGGACAAACUAUUGGCAUAAGAGACAAACUUAAAUUAAUAAAUAUGGAAGCUCUUCUUCGCGUUAGUACAUUUAUGCAGUUAGAAAUUCACAAAAAUCUAUGAAGUUCAAUCGAAAUAGUAAGAACAAACUC